UUUUUUUGUCGUGCCGAAUUUUAGGGGAUUACGGGGAGGAUCCAUGAGUUCCAUCCUGGAGACAGCCUCCGUGGCGAAGGUAUAAAUAUGGCCGCCAUCGUCGUGCUUUUCCCAUCAUCAUCAUCAACCUCAACACCAUUCAAUUAGAAUAUUAAUUUCUCCACGUUUCAUUUCCUCCGACUCCCUUCCGUUCUGUUCUUACUCCAUUACGAUUUCCUACAUUUAAUUCUCACGACGCCGUAAUUCAUCCAUCCAUCAUGUUGUUCCGCGCAUCGGCACUUUGUAUGGCAUUGAUCAGCCUGCCUCUGGCUGCAGCCCUGCCCACCACCACCACAGAUCAUUCACGUAUGUCGUUAAGCUCGCGAGAUGACACGCAAUGCGAAGCCGGCAAGGCCUUUUACGUCUGCAACCUCAACAACUUCCGUGGCUGCUGCUCGGUCGACCCGUGCGCCCUGCAAGACGGCUGCCCCGAUAAGCCCGACAACGACGACGGAGACACCAAGCCCACCCCGGGGUCCUGCCCCAAGAAGGGCGAGAAAACCAGGCUCUUCCAGCCACAGAUGCAGACCCUCAUCCUGCCUGACACCGACAAGCCCAUUCCCGCGCAAAACUUCGACCUCAUCAAAUCAAACACGACCGAACGGCAGCAGAUUGCCUCGUGGGCUCUUCCCGCCGAGGCCAAGGACUGCUCCGUGGGAUGGAGCAUCCCCGAGAAGCGGAACUUCUCGGCUGGACACACGGCACGCGUGUCGGUGCACGAUAACGACGACAACGAGCGCCUGGGGGGCGCCGAUUUCUCAUUCUGGCCCGAAACGCCGGGGCCUCGCUCCAACCUCGUGGCAGCCGUCGACUGCAAGGAGAGCGUGUCGCUUCGGCUGGCCAUGGAGCUCAACGAUCAGGUUUUCCUGGAGCAAAACGAGGAGACGGGCUGGUGGGUGGAGUACAGCUGCUAAGGGUCAAGGGAUACGCCAGAGGGAUGAAACCGAAAGGCAUCAGGGAGGAGUGGGGGGAUGGGAUCCUGAGGGAAGGAUCUCCACUUAACGACUAAUGUGAUGAUUCAGGGUUUAUUAUUAAUUUUCAUUAAUCAUUUAUACAUACUAUGGCUAGUCAGUCCUUAAUAAUGUCAAUAAUGUCAACGU